AUGCUGGUGAAAGUAAUGAGAAUAUUGUUGUUUGGCAGUCUCCUCUUCCUCUGUGAAGAGAUGACAAAUUGUGCCUCUGAUGCGUCUCAUAAUGAUAUUACAACUGAAUUUACAGUUGAUCUGUACCAUGCUAUACGCUCUGUACAGCGGGACAAAAAUCUUAUUUAUUCACCCAUGUCUAUCAGUCUUGGCCUUGGGAUGAUAGCACUGGGUGCCAGAAGGACGACUUUGCAGCAGUUAAGGAAAGGUUUACAUUUCAAUGAAGCACAAGAAGGUGAAGAAUUUUCUAUGUUGAAAAAGCAAUCCAAAAUCAUCUCCACUAGCAGUGAGAAAUACAAGCUAAAACUUGCCAAUGCAAUUUACAUUCAGAAUGGAUACCCUAUUUCUCAACAAUAUCUCCACAACAUUCAGGAAUUCUUUAAUAACACUGUAAGGACAGUAAAUUUUCAAGAUUUCACAUCUGCUGCCAACAUUAUUAAUACAUGGGUAGCUAAUGAAACCAAUGGCAAAAUCAAAAACUUGAUCUCAAGUCAAUCUUUCAGCCCACUUACAAAACUAGUUUUAGUGAACGCCAUUUACUUCAAGGGGACAUGGAAACAUAAAUUUAAUUCAAAGAACACAAGACUAAUGGAUUUUAUCAAGAAAGAUGGCUCUGCUGUUGAGGUACCAACGAUGCAUCAACAGGUGACAUGCAAAUUUGGCUAUUUUACGGCUGGUGAGAUGAGCUACCAGGUUUUAGAAUUACCUUACAGUGGAGAUGAAGCCAGCAUAAUCAUGGCACUUCCACCAAAAGGAACUGAUUUAGCAGAGUUUGAAAAACUUAUUACACCACAAGUCAUACAAGAGUGGCACUCCACGAUGGUAGAGGACGAGAUUGAGGUUAAUCUUCCAAGAUUUACAAUCCAACAGAAGCUUGAUCUGAAGAAGCCAUUUGAAGUUCUCAAUAUUACAGAAAUAUUUGAAAAUGGAAGUGAUCUUUCAGGGAUUGCCGGUUCACAUGACCUGUACAUAUCCCAAGCAGUUCAUCAAGUGUUUAUUGAGAUCAAUGAAGAAGGGAGUGAAGGAGCAGUUUCAACAGGCAUGACAGCAGCAGUCAUGAGCCUUCCUCGGGAUCGAUUCAUCGCUAAUCGUCCUUUUAUGUUUCUUAUACAGAGCAAGUUAACAGGUACAGUUUUAUUUAUGGGAAGACUGAUGGAACCUGAGAAGAUGACUUCUUUAGGAAGAGAUAAAGAAGCACUAUGA